AUGACUUCCACCAUCACCGAGCAAGCCACUUCUGGAAGCGCUGGCGCUUCCCCUCCAAUUUCCGGCAUCUGCACCUGCAACACCUACCUCACACCCAUAAUUGGCUGUGUAGGGCUGGAAGAUCGCCCUGCGCAUUGGUCUUGUCCGUCCUGCUCGCCGCCCUCCAACAAGCGCAAGUCAGAUGACUCUGACGACGACAUGCCGCGCAAGAGGCGCAAGAUGGCUGAGCUCGUAGCCUUUGCCGCCGACGUUCCCCUUGCUGUCGUCGAGCAGCUGCUCGCUGAGGAGCCUGGCGCCGACAAUGACGCAGAGAGUGAGGAGGCUGAGGAGGCUAAGGGCGAUGUAGUCGUCGGGCUUCCAGCUGUUGGUGCCAGUGGAGAUACACCAAACCUGGUUGCCGACGACGAGGAUGGUUCCGCCUCUGUUUCUGAGGACGGUUUCGAGGAUGGCGGCGACGAUGAGCCGGAGGCGGAGUCAAGCCACUACUGUUUCCCAGCUUGUCGGCGUGAGACUGGUGGGAUGGUGGCGUGUGAUGGGGAGGAUUGCGCGGGCGAGUGGUUCCACUUCGCGUGCAUUGGGAUGACGUCGAAGACGGUUCCGGAAGGAGAGUGGUUUUGCGAUGAUUGUGCUGGGGAGUGA